AUGUUGGAGUGGAAAAAUGGCGGUUGGGGAAGAGAUAGUUGGGGCAUGUGCUCGAAGGGAAAGACGCGGGUAGUUGGUGUAGAGAGGAAGGAAUCGGAGCGGAGGAAAGGAAAGGAAGAAAAAGAGAGAGAGAAGAUGGAUAGAAGGAGAAAGGCUGAGAGGAAGAGGAAGGACGAGAGGUUGAUAAGAAAGAGGAGAAUGGAGGACAUGGAAAAGUGGUUGAAGGAGCUGGUGGUGGAGGUAAGGGGAAUAAGGAAGCAGCUGAAAUUAUGGAGAAAAGAGAGAGCGAGAGGAAGGAGAGAAAAGGAGGAGGAAACAACGGUGUCGCAAGAAGAAGAAAGUGAAGAGGAGGGAGAAGAAGAGAGAGAGAGGAGGCGAGGGAUCAGGGAAGAAGAGAGAAGAGGGGGAUAGGGGGAGCAACGGGAGCAGUGAAGGAGGAAAUUGUAGUAAAAAAGGAGGAAAGGUGAAAGAAAGCAGAAGAGACAGGCAGUGAAAAAGAAAGAGAGGUAAGGAAAGAAAGGGAGAAGAAAGGUUUAGAUUUAGGUGCAA